AUGGAACGUGAGCCCUGGAAGAGAGACGGCCGCCGCUUCAUUUGCCUCGAACGGCAUGCGGACGAGUCGGAAAGCUGCGGCAAGAGCUUCGUGUCAAAGCAAGCUUUGGAAGGCCACCGGAAGCGGAUGGGGUGUGAAUCCUGGAAACUCCCGAGCGACCGCGCGCCCUCCAAGUAUCGCGGCCUUGGGCCGGAAGCUGCUCGCCAAUUGAAGCGUCAGAGCAACAGGGUAGCCGUGUCCAAGUAUAGAAAGACACUCGACGGGGAGCGGGCCGUCCAUCGGGCCCGUCACAUAGCCAACUACCGCCUCAUGGCUUGCAGUGCCGUGCCCGCUCCCCGGAUGCCCAAAGCACCAGCUUACGUGCGGCCGCCUAUCUCGUGGCUGAUCGCCGAUGCUGAGAUCUAUGUGCAGGAUCUGAAGGAGAAAUUCGAUCGGGGCGAGAUCGUGCUGAGCCACGUGACGUGGUCCCUGCGAUUGCACCCAGAUAAG